AUGGCUUCUUCCUCAAAGACUCAAAUUGGUUCAUCUUCUCAACAACACUUUCAAGAUCAACAACAAAAACUUCUUGUUGCACAGAAGACAUGUUCUAUUCCUUUGAAUGAAUUAGAGGUUAUCUGCGAGAUGAUGGUUGAUUUUGAUAACUUGGAAGCACAUGAUAUUCAUCUGAAGGAGGCCAUGACCUUUCAUGGAUGGCAAGCGUUCUUUUAUGGUUUGUGUGGUCCUGUAUAUCCAGAUUUGGUGAAAGAAUUCUGGGUUCAUGCAACACUCAUGCCAAAGGCCAAUCUCUCCAUCGUUCAUGGUGAACGUAUCUCCAUCACAGAAAAUCUUCUAAGGAAGUUGUUUGGGUUGGAAACUGUUGAAGGUGUUUCUGGAGCUGUUCCAGGAAGAACAGAGUGGGAAGUUAUAUAUGAGGAAAUAUACAAGGACGGAAAAGAAUCUACAGAAAUAAAGGAAAUGAAGCCUUCUUACAGAAUCUUGGCUAAGAUUCUUCUGGGUUGCGUCUACCACAGAAAGGCAACCGUUUCUUCAAAUUAUGUCAGCAAGAACCAACUAUACAUUCUAUAUUGCAUUGGUAAAAAGGAAAAGGUGGAUCUUCCGUUUAUCAUCUUCAACUACAUGUGGCAUCAUGUGAAGGAUUCUAGAGAUGAAUCCAGAAAGAAGAAUCCAAAGUACAAGAGAAAUAUCAUUCCUUUUGGAAGAAUCAUCACUGAUCUUCUGGUUCAAACAAAGAUUGUUGAGGAUCUGGAGAAGGCUGGCAUUAUCAAGGAUCCUUAUACAAUUAUUGGAAGCACCAUGAAUGCUCGUACUCUCAAGAAAAUGGGCUUAAUUGAAUCUAUUGGUACUUCUCCUCAAGUGAACACUGAAGUUAGGUCCAGAAGAGGUCUUGCUCUGGCUGACUUUGAGUUGUUCUUCAGAAAUGAACUUCCAGAAGUGAUCGUUCAAUACAUUGCUAUGCACAAGGAAGUAGGUUCUGAUUGUGAUCCUAUUUGGAUAAGUAAGCAAAAACUUGCCACUACUGCUACUCAAGUUCCAGAAGUAGUGCAAGAAAAAGAAAGAAGAACAGAAAGAAAGUUAGAUCUUCCAACAAUCAGUGAAGAGAAAAAGGAAGUUAAGAAAGCAGAAGAAAAGAAGGAAGAAUAG